AGGAGGGAAGAGCUAUGAGAAAGAAAGAAAGGAGGUGAAAUCACAGCAGCAAGAAGGAGAGACCAAAACAAGAAAGAGAGGGAGGAUGAGUGGAGGAGAAAGCGCCGAUUAGUAAGGUCUCCAGAGAGGAGAGGAAGGAGAUGAGCAGGGAGAGGGGGGUGAGUAGAAGCCAGCACUGAGAACAUCUAUCAGGCAGCCAUGCUCUGAGCCCUGGAGCAGCCGGGGCUACGCAGACAGGCCCAGCAUCAGGCCCAGCCACAAACACCGAGGCCGGGAUAAAAAGAAAUUCGUCUAACAGCAGCCGUGCAGCAGAGUCAUGAGGACAUCCAGGAAGGGUAACGUGGAAAUGCCUGCUUUUAUGAGACAUCUGGUGAAAGAGACGGAGAAGAGGGUCAGCUCUUUCUUCAAAGGGGGCCGUGGAGGAGCAGCAGAGGGAGAACAUCCAGGGGAGGGGGAGAGGGAGGAGGUCAUCCCCAGCCCCUACCUGGACCGGCCGGUCAUGGACAAGCUGACCGAGGAGGGCUGCGCCCGCUGGGGCCUCACCUACGCCCUGGGGAGCAUGCAGGGCUGGAGGGCCAACAUGGAGGACUUCCACAACUGCGUGCCACAGCUGGGUGGAGAGCUGGCAGACUGGAGCUUCUUCGCUGUGUUUGAUGGUCAUGCAGGCAGCACGGUGGCACAGUACUGCUCCCAGCACCUUCUGGGUCAGAUCCUCGCCACAGGUGGGAUAGGACCAGAGGACGACCCUGAAAGGGUGAAAGGAGCCAUCAUUGACGGCUUCCUGUACACAGACAAGCAUCUGCACUCUGUGGCCCGUCGAGAAGGCUGGGAGAGGGGUGGCACCACUGUGGUGGCCGCUCUAAUCUCACCGUAUUACAUCUACUUUGCUAACUGUGGCGACUCCAGGGCCAUGCUGUGUCGGUCUGGCCAGGUAUGCUUCUCCACUGAGGACCACAAACCUUACUGCCCUCUGGAGAAAGAGCGCAUUGAGAGCGCAGGCGGCAUUGUGUCCAUCCAAAGGAUCAACGGCUCCCUGGCAGUGUCUCGAGCUCUGGGGGAUUUCAGCUACAAGGGAGCAGAGAACAGGAUGCCCACGGAGCAGAUGGUGUCACCAGAGCCGGAGGUGUGUGUGGUGGAGCGCUCGCCAUCCGAUGAGUUCCUGGUGCUCGCCUGCGACGGGGUGUGGGAUAUCAUCAGCAACGAGGAGCUGUGCGCCUUCAUCCACAACCGGCUGAGUGUCUGCACUGACCUAAGGGACGUCUGCACUCAAGUCAUUGACCUUUGUCUAUAUAAGGGCAGCUUGGACAACAUCAGCAUCAUCCUGCUGUGCUUCCCUGGAGCCCCCCAGCUGUCAGCAGAGGCUCUGCACCAGGAGGCCGAGCUGGAGGACCUGCUGGAGUCCAAAGUAGCAGAGAUUUACUCUGAGCUGUGCGCCAGAGGGGAAGAACCUGACCUGCUGUCUGUCCUCACACUCCUCGCAUCCACAGUCAUCCCUGGAUUGCCACCAGGUGGAGGCAUACAGAGCAAAAGGAACUGCAUUAUUUCAGCUUACUAUCAACAAAGAGAGCUUUACAAGCCCAAUGGCAUGAUGUGAGGCUCCUGAGAAGCCCGGCUCAUCGCCAUGGGUCCAUGGAGAGACUGUAAUUAAUGUUAAAACUGUUUUUCUUCAUGCGUGCACUUUGACAAAAAGGGAGAUGAUGAACAGACAGAGAUGUUUGUUUACAUCAUAGCAAGCAGCAUCGUUUCAUAACAAAUACAAUGCCAGAAUAGAUAUAAUAAAGCCUGAUACAUUUUAUAUUUAUACAGAAGGACAUUUUGUAAAACUUACUCAGAGACACUGAUCCAGCAACAAACCUCUGCCUCAUUUUCGGUGAACAGAAAAUACAGACGGUUUUAAAUCAAUGUACAACUGAAUAACAACCAGCUGCGAAAUUGUACAUUUCCUUUAGAUGGAAUAAGGAGUAUGUGUUUGUAGAGUUAUAUUUUGAAGAUGAUGUUUUAAGAAUAGAUAUAAUAAAAUAUUUUUAAAGAAUUUCAGUCUUUCCUCUUCAGGAAGGACAACUGUGUUAGCGCCAGCCAAAAGCUAGCCUAAAGCUAACAUGCAUCCAUUUGUUUCAAUAGGAAAUGCUAACAGUGCUAGUGACUGGACAGCUGACGGGAUUGCACACAUUUAUCUUUAUCCUUCAUAGUUGAGAAAAAUAUAUAUUCAAUGUUUAAUUCUACCAACAAAAUGUCAAUGCAUACACACUUAGUCAAGAACAUUUUUAUUUCACACAUAAACUAAACUAUAACUUACUUUAAACAUGUAGAAUAAGAACCACUUGGCUGAAGUGAUGUUUGGAAGAAGAGUUAUUUGUUAAAAUAAUUAAAAAGUUUAUACAGUAGGUUGCCGUUUCAAAAAUCUAGACAAAAUAUCAAAAAAUUGGCCAAACACCCUAAAGUCAAUCAAAAUCAAUGUUACAUGAACACGUUCUACAUGACCAAUUUCCUUGCAAUUGUUUCUAUAUAUUAAUCAUAUUUCUGAAUAUUUUCUUCAAUAAAGUGUAUGUGAAAUGUGUUUUUUCCAUAGGUUUGAUGAAAUGUCAUGUGCUGCCUUAUACAUAUUUUAUAUAGUUGACAAAACAAACAGCAUCAGAACAGUUCAGUUUAAGAGUUGUUCAUUGUAUCUGCAUCAUAUACUGCAUUGUGAUAUUAAUUCUAUGUAUUAUAUGCUGUGAAUAGACAUUACAUUUUAAGAGUCAUGACUGUUUGGAUGCUAAAUAAAGCAUAUUUAAUUGA